CUCUGUUUGUUUCUUCCUUCUGUCCGACGUUGAUCAAACUCCCUUCCCUCGUUUGCCAUCGCUCAACUGGCGUUCUUGUUCGCGAGAGACGGCUAAUUGUUUCUGACGUAGUGUUCAUCUUCUUUGGGUAGCAGUGUUGAGUUCUUGCCCGCAGUUUUAUCGCCGUGUAGGGGAUACAUGAGCUUACUGGUUCAAUCCAGAUUUUGUUCUAAACUUGGAUUCGAAAUCCUCGAAAGACCAUUAAAUUUUUGAAAAGGAUCCCUCAGGCUUGUCACCUCGUUGCCCUGAAAUUUCUUCUCCGAUUGUCGAUCACCAGGCGAUGGCGACCCCAGUCUCCGCUUCACAGUCGCUGCGGAUCGUUAUGCCGACGUGCAGUGGGAGUCCAAUAUUGCCUGCAGUUAAAAUGACAUGUUUGGCUAGUAAACAAACUAUUGCUGCCAUGCCCUUGUCAUCUACUUUGGAGAACGCCAAAAGAAAUGAGCCUCUAGUCAAAAUGUGUGGCAUUACAUCUGCAAGGGAUGCUGAAUUGGCUGCAAAAGCUGGAGCUAAACUUAUCGGGAUGAUUCUUUGGCCCAACUCCAAACGUUCUGUCCCGUUGCCAGAAGCCAAAGAGAUAUCGAGAGUAGCGAAAUCUUAUGGGGCUGAACCAGUUGGUGUGUUUGUGGAUGAUGAUGAAGAGACCAUCUUAAGAUCAUCCGAUUCAUGCAACCUUGAACUUAUCCAGCUUCACGGAGAUAGCUCCCGAGAACUACUUCCUGUGCUUUGGAAGAACAACCGAAUUAUAUAUGUCCUGAAUGCUGAUGAGGAUGGCAAACUUAUUAACACUCCUCCAAGUGAAGAGUAUGUCCUUGAUUGGUUUUUGGUGGACAGUUCAAAGGGUGGCAGUGGUAAAGGGUUCAACUGGGAGAAAUUUCAAAUGCCAUCCGUCAACAGCAAGAAUGGCUGGUUAUUAGCAGGAGGCCUUCAUGCGGAUAAUGUUUCACAAGCCGCUUCUGCUCUAAAACCAAAUGGCCUUGAUGUUAGCAGUGGAAUAUGUUAUCCCGACGGCCUACGGAAAGACCCAAUGAGAAUAUAUUCCUUCAUGAGCAGUGUAAAAAGCUUGAGUUUCUGACAAGGUAAUAAAGGCAGUAUGUGUUAUUCUAUGGUUAUAGACUCUUGAUACGGUAUGUGAAAAUUAAAUGAUGGAAGCGAAGAUCUUUGUCAUCAACCUGUUGAAUAAUGGAUAAUUUUUAAUUUUUUUUU